CAAGCAGACAGCUCUCAAGAGAUUGCCGAAGGGAAAGCACCGUCAAUAAAUUUGUCUUAAAAGUUGUGUCUGGAGUGAGCCAGUCUGAACCCCGAGCUGCCUCACAUCUCCCACAGUGGGACUGUUGAGAUGGAGUGAGAGAUCUUACAAAAACUGAAAGUGAAAUACGGAAGGUAGAUUGAGCAAUCAAUGGAAGGCCAGAGCCAGAGGACCCACUUGAGGGUAGCAAAAGAUGUAGCAGAGGCAGUCAGGAGAGUGCCUCGCUCUGAGGGCAGCCUCCAGGGACACGGAUGACAGGAAAUGACCCACCCCUGUGGCUACAUACUCCAAAGGCCCAGACCUCCAAAGUGCCCAUCGUGGGAUGGAUGAGUCUGCAGAGACCCAGCCACCGCGCCUUUCCUUUUGCCCUGAGAAAGGAGAAGAAAUGAAAGUGGGGUGUAUUCCUGUCACUCCACAGAAGGAGAGUACCUGGGUUGAGGUCUGCAGGGAUGGAAGGCUGCUGGCUGCUACCCUCCUGCUGGCCCUGUUGUCCAGCGGCUUCACAGUGAUGUCCCUGUACCAGUUAGCUGCCCUGCAAGCCGACCUGAUGAGCCUGCGCAUGGAGCUGCAGGGCUACCGGGGUUCAGCAACACCUGCUGCUGUCCCAGAGGCUCCAGACGCCACUGCGGGAGCCAAACUCCUAGCAUUGGCAGCUCCUGGACCCCACAACUCCAGCCUCGGCCACAGGAACAGACGCGCUUUCCAGGGACCGGAGGAAACAGGGUCUUACACGUUUGUUCCGUGGCUUCUCAGCUUUAAAAGGGGAAAUGCCUUGGAAGAAAAGGAGAACAAAAUAGUGGUUAAGCAGACGGGCUACUUCUUCAUCUACAGUCAGGUUCUGUAUACCGACACCAUCUUUGCCAUGGGUCAUCUCAUCCAGAGGAAGAAAGUGCAUGUCUUUGGGGACGAGCUCAGCCUGGUGACCCUGUUCCGAUGUAUUCAAAAUAUGCCAAGAACGCUGCCCAACAAUUCCUGCUACUCGGCUGGCAUUGCGAGGCUGGAAGAAGGGGACGAGAUUCAGCUCGCGAUACCUCGGGAGAAUGCGCAGAUUUCACGGGACGGAGAUGGCACCUUCUUUGGUGCUCUGAAACUGCUGUGACCCACUUAAUGGGCUGUGUGGGCCCCUCCCCUCCUCUUCACUGCACCUCCGAGGGGAGAAAAUGAACAACUGGAAAUACCGGAAGUGGGGAAAGUUUUCAUCAAAACCAAGUUUCUUGCGAGCUGUGUUAUUUUGGUUCACUGAAUCUGGUCCCGAACAGGAGACAGCAGACAGCCACAACCAAAGUGUGUCACGUGAGUUUCGGGAACUGGAGUCCACACUCAGAGGACAGGACCAGGAAGGCUACGCUCUCCAGAGCACGCACCGCACCCUUGCUUCUCGCCUCGACACACACCAUCAGAACGCAG